AAACAACAUAUAAACCAGUAUGAGUUUGAGCGGCGAGUCAAUAUUGAGCGAAAUAAUUAAAUACUAACUCUAUAUUGGUUCUAAAGUUCUAUGCUAACUUAACUAUAUAUCGAUUUUAAGUGACACUGGUUAUAAUGAACUUAGAAAUAAUACUGGGGAGGUAUAUUAAGACCACAUAUUCAGGUCUGAUAUUAUUGUUGGUUAUACCAUGAAAGAACUGAUGUGAAAUGAUCGGACGUAUCGUUCUAAAGUGGUAAUAAUUGGGAGAAUGUUAUUAAUGAUGAUAAACAAUAAACAUCGCCGAAUCAGCUGUAUGAAUAUGGGAUAAACUUAAAUUCAUCCUAUUAUGGAUGGGAUAUCCAGGAGCCAACUGAUAGUUUUGGGAAUAUUUACUACUGAUGUCGCAUAGGACGAUUUUUCUCUUACUGAUAUGCUUAACGCUGGCGUUCAUAUUGUGGGUCAUAUCUGGCAGCAGUGCUGUCAGUAACAAAUACUAUAUUAUGGUAAGUGAUAGUGAUGGCCAUAACACUGACGUUGAUGAUGUACCAAGACAAGCUAACUUUGACUUUAGAAAGAAGAGACAUAGGGAUGAUAAUUCCAGCGUCUGGUACAGCCAAUGUAGGUUUCCUAAAUGCUGUCGUCAGGAGGGAUGUACGGACUUCCCACAAUGCAAGGACCUCUUGUUUCAGUUGUUACAAGAUGCAGUCUGGAUAAUGCGAUCACUUGGUAUACCGUACCAAAUUGUGUAUGGAACAUUGUUAGGAGCCUAUAGAAAUUAUUCCAUUCUACCUUGGACUGCUGAUGUUGACCUCAUCGUGCAUAAAAAACACUGGAAUGACCUGAUCGGCACCCACCCUACGGAGGACCCCUCAAGGAGAUUGCAUGUAGCAGUAGAUAAAAGGGAAUGCGAGGAUGAUAAAACAUGCCAUUGCAUCCGAGCAUGUCACGUUAUAAAAAAUAUUGAUACCCCUCCUGAAAGUUACCCUAACGUGUACAAUUACAAUGCUUAUUAUAUGGACAUUUACACGUAUUUUGAAGCUGGGGACGAUAGCAUUGGUUUAUGCGAUAGGUACUACCAUAAAGAUUGGUUAUUUCCACCUAGAAACUACACCAUAAACGGUAAAUCAUUCCUGGGUCCUAAUAAAGGAAAUGUUUCAUUACAAAUCACUUAUGGUUUGAAUUUCAUGCAUCCGAUAGAAGGCUUAUAAUGAAGGAUUUUUCGCUAGUGAUCAUUUUUAGCUGAAAGAGACUGACCGCCUAUACAUAUUUUAUAAACAGAAUCAAUGCAAAUGGAAUUAAAUGAUUAAACUGGAUUCGCAGAUUUUUAAAAGGAGAUGGAUUCUCUGGAACGGAUUCAACAGGGUGGGAAUCAAGGGCCUUUUUGGUCCUCCUAAAAAUUGCCAUUUAGCCUCUUUUUACAAAUAGGCCUAAUAUAAGAAAAUGUGGAUCUUUUGAAGAAAGUACCCUCAUUUUGAAAACAUAAACACAAAUUUUCAAAAUGUAGCCCUAUGCUAUACCUU